CCUUUCUCUAUUCAGUUACCUAGUAGAUCCUGCUGAGCUGAAUAAUUAAUAAUUAUUUAAUAGUUGAGUGUUUAGAUUCAAUUGUGAACACCCAAAGCCUAGAGGCUUAUUUCAAAAUAUUCAGUGUACAUACAUACUUUAAUUGCAGGUUCUUAUCCAAUUUUAACUCGAUCAUUAGAAUGACUGAUUAGCACUUGCGGUGGCGACGGAGGCGGCGUGGCGCCGCGUAAUCAUAUGCAUUAAACACGGUUGAAGUUCAGUUUAUACGGAAUCGUUCGCCGAAUCAGACAAAAUCAUCACUUCUAACAUGGUUUCACUACAGGGUCAAAAAGCUGUGAUUACCGGUGGAGCUAGAGGAAUUGGCUUCGCAACGGCUGCGGAGCUACUGAAAAACGGUGUCUCGAGAAUUCUGAUAAUAGACCUCGUUGAUAAAAUUGAUCCGGUUAAGCUAACGGAGCUCACUGCAUGUAAUCCGAAGGCGGAAAUAACUUACAAUAAGUGUGAUAUUACCGACAAAAAACAACUGGAAUUGGUUCUCCGUUAUGAUGCUAUGCAGCGGUUCGGUUCAAUAGAUAUCCUUGUAAAUUGCGCGGGAGUCAUCGAUGAAGCAGACCCAGCCAGGUGUAUUGCUACAAAUCUGACGGCUUUAAUCAAUUGUUCAAUGAUCACACUAGAUUUGAUGACAAAGGAAAAGGACGGCCCUGGCGGAACUAUUGUGAAUAUCUCUUCGGUGGCCGGUUUAGAAGGAGCGCCGUGCUGUGCGGUUUAUUGUGCUUCAAAAAGCGGAGUUAUUGGAUUUACCAGAUCCGUUGGGAUGGAUUCGGUUUUCGAGCUGACUGGGGUCAAAAUGGUAGCAAUUUGUCCUGGAGCUACAGAAACGGAUAUGUAUAAGAGUUCAUCGGAAAUAUCUUGUAGUUUUCCAGCGCUGAAGCCCUAUUUUGAUGAACUUGUCAACAAAUUGCCAGUGCAAAAGCCAUCAUCAGUAGGGAAAGCGGUAGUAAAAAUUAUAGUCGAUGGCAAACCUGGAGCAAUUUGGAUUUCAGCUAAUGAUGAAAUCAAGGAAGUGGACUGUAAACCAAACGCGUAUAUUUGAAUAAUUUCUUACACGCAUUGUUAUGGGCAAAAGUGAAUAAAAAUCAUUAUGUAUACA